GGCUCUUUUCCUCCAGUUGAGGUGGAGUCAGCCAAUGGCUGGGGAGCCUGGAAUAUUUUGCAGGACAGUUUCCCCCGACAGCUUGGCAAGGGCUGUGCCAUUUCAAUUGAAGCACACAUCCACGCGCUGCGCUCUCGGCUUCUGGCUCGCCUCCCAGCCCUGAGAGAUCUCGGAUUCGGUCUCGCCUUCCCUCUUUUUCUGGACCCUGCGGUGACAAACCUCUCCAGGCUCUGCUAGCCAGGACCCCUGAGCAACCAUGGCAGACACCACCCUCCAGAUUGUCGAGCAACCAGCGGCCUCUGAGGCCUCCGAGGAGCCCACCAGCGAGGAGCCCAUCAAAUCCGACCAGAUCAAUGGCGUUAUGGUGCUCACCCUCCUGGACAAGAUCAUUGGGGCCGUUGAUCAGAUCCAGCUGACCCAGAGUCAGCUAGAGGAGAGGCAGCAGGAGAUGGACGGGGUGGUGGCCAGCAUCCAAGGGGAGCUAGCCAAGCUCACCAAGGCCCACACCACCACCAGCAACACUGUCAACAAGAUGCUGGAGAAAGUCCGCAAAGUCAGCGUCAACGUGAAAACGGUCCGGCAGAACCUGGAGAAACAGGGUGGGCAAAUCAAGAAGCUGGAAUCCAAUGAGGCGGAGUUGCUGAAGCGCAGGAACUUCAAAGUCAUGAUCUACCAGGAUGAGGUGAAGCUGCCGACUAAGCUGAGCAUCAGUAAGUCUUUGAAAGAAACAGAGAAGGAAGGGGAAGAAGAAGAGCUCCCAGCAGGUGAGGAGCAUGCCAAUGAAGAACACAUUGAGUUCUCCUCGGAUGAAGAAGUGGAGGUGGAGGAGAUAAUUGAAGAGUCACGGGCAGAACGCAUCAAAAGGAGUGGCAUGAGAAAGGUGGAUGACUUCAAGAAGGCCUUCUCCAAGGAGAAGAUGGAGAAGACUAAGGUGAAGACCAAAGAGAACCUGGAGAAGACCAAGCUGAAGACCAAAGAGAACCUGGAGAAAACCAAGCAAAAUUUGGAGAAGACCCGACACAACCUGGAGAAGAGGAUGAACAAGCUGGGCACCAAGAUCGUCACCAACGAGCGCAGGGAAAAGAUGAAGACUUCCCGGGAUAAGCUGAAGAAGUCCUUCACCCCCGACCACACGGUCUACGCUCGCUCCAAGACGGCGGUCUACAAAGUGCCACCUUUCACCUUCCACGUCAAGAAGAUACGGGAAGGGCAGGUGGAAGUGAAGGCCACCGAAAUGGUGGAGGUUGGCGGGGACGAGGCAGAGAACACGGAUCUGAUGAGGGGCGAGAGCCCUGAAAUGAGCACGCUCCUGCAGAUCACGGAAGAGUCAGACACGGUGCUGGCAGACAAGAGCGACAGUGAGUGAGGCACACGGCAGAAGAACAGCAAGAGCUGAACAUGUAACCUUUCACGUUUCCUCUUUUUUGGCCCCACACGGGCACACACACAC